UUUACUAGAUAUCAAAAUCAAAUUUGCUAUAGAAAAAACAUAGAUGAAUAUGGUAAAUUGAUUUUGAAUGUAAGUCUAUUCUCCAUUCCCAUGUCAAGUAGCACCAAAAGAUGCUUAGUGCUAUUGGAAAAAUGCAAUAACAUGAACCAUCUCAAACAAGCACAUGCACAAAUUUUUACUACAGGUCUUGAAAACAAUACCUUUGCUCUAAGCAGAGUUUUAGCUUUCUGUUCAUCACAUUCACACAAACAUCAUCAUGGAAGUCUCACCUAUGCUUGUAGAGUCUUUGAACGAAUUCAGAACCCUACAGUUUGUAUAUACAACACAAUCAUCAAAGCUUUUCUCAUUAAUAUCAAUUUCAAAAGCACCCUCCUUGUGUUUGUUAAAAUGCUUCGGAAUGGAAUGAGACCUGAUAACUACACUAUACCUUAUGUAUUGAAGAGUUGUUCGGGACUUCAGGAUUGUUCUUUGGCGAAAAUGAUUCAUGGGUAUGGUUCAAAAUUGGGUCUUGUGUUUGAUAUCUUUGUGGGUAAUAGUUUGAUGAUGAUGUAUUGUGUGUUUGGUGAUGUUGUAGCUGCACGGUACGUGUUCGAUGAAAUUCCUAGCUUAAGUGCAGUUUCUUGGAGUGUGAUGAUUUCUGGAUAUGCAAAAGUGGGUGAUGUUGAUUCAGCUAGGUUGUUCUUUGAUGAAGCACCUGAGAAGGAUAAAGGGAUUUGGGGUGCCAUGAUUUCUGGUUAUGUGCAAAAUAGUUGUUUUAAAGAAAGUCUUUAUUUGUUUCGAUUGAUGCAGUUGACUGAUAUAGUGCCUGAUGAAUCUAUAUUUGUGAGCAUUCUUUCUGCAUGUGCUCAUCUAGGAGCUUCAGAUAUUGGUGUGUGGAUUCAUCGACAUUUGAAUCAAUCAAAGCUAGUACCAUUCAGUGUUCAAUUAAGUACUAGUUUAUUAGACAUGUAUGCUAAAUGUGGGGAUUUGGAGACGGCAAAAAGAGUAUUCAAUUCAAUGCAAGAGAGAGACAUUGUAUGUUGGAAUGCUAUGAUUUCUGGUAUGGCAAUGCAUGGAGAUGGAAAAGGUGCACUGAAGCUAUUUUAUGAUAUGGAAAAAGUUGGGAUGAAACCUGAUGAUAUAACAUUCAUUGCUGUUUUUACUGCUUGUAGUUACUCAGGAAUGGAACAUGAAGGUUUGAAGUUAUUGGAUAAAAUGUGUAGUGUUCACAACAUUGAACCAAAAAGUGAACAUUAUGGUUGUUUAGUUGACUUACUAAGCAGAGCAGGGUUAUUUGAAGAAGCUAUGGUUAUGAUAAGAAAAACAACCAAUUCAUUGAAUGGCUCUGAAGAGGCAUUGGCUUGGAGAGCAUUUCUGAGUGCAUGUUGUAACCACGGAGAAACUCAACUGGCUGAACUUGCUGCUGAAAAAGUGUUGCAGUUGGAUAAACACAGUCACAGUGGAGUCUAUGUUUUGCUUUCUAAUUUGUAUUCAGCAUCUGGUAAACACAGUGAUGCUAGAAGGGUGAGGGAUAUCAUGAAAAUCAAAGGAGCUAACAAGAUACCAGGUUGUAGCUCAGUAGAGAUUGAUGGUGUUGUCUGCGAGUUCGUUGCCGGUGAAAAAACGCAUCACCAGAUGGAAGAAAUACACAGAGUUUUGAAGAAAAUGCAUAUCCAGUUAGACUACAAUCAAUAGAAAUUCAUGGUUUAACUUUAAGUUGCUUCUAUUAAAAUCAUUAUCCUGUUUAUUAAUAUAGCUUGCAGGGAGUCCCUUUUCCUAUAGGGAUUCACCUUUGAUCUCAUGUAAAGCUAACAUAUCUAGAAAUUUGAAAUAAAAGACUGAGAAAUAUCUAAUGAA